AUUAAAGAUGGCGGCCUCCAUGGAAAAUAUGAAUCGUUUGAUGAAAAGGAAAACUGAUCUUGAAGCUGAAAUCAAAGCAUUGAAUGAUGUCCUUGAUUCACAACAAGGCGUUGGUCUGAAGGAGCCACUGGUUGACGAGGAGGGUUUCCCACGGGCAGACAUUGAUGUUUACUCGGUCAGACAUUCCAGACAUCAGGUCAUCUGUUUACAGAAUGAUCAUAAAGUGUUAAUGACAGAGAUUGAAGAAGAGUUAUAUAAAAUCCACGCUGAAGCUCGCAAGCAGAAAGGUGAAGCCAUGGACACUGAUGAUGAUCAAUCUGUACAGUCGCAUUCCUUGGCGGAGAGGUUGUCUCCCUUUACUGAAGUUGACAGAGUUGAUGAGGGCUCCCCAGCAUCUGAGGCAGGCUUGAAGGUUGGAGAUUCCAUUGUACAAUUUGGUUCCAUCACUGCAAGUAAAUUCCAGUCACUGCUGAACAUCGCAUCAGUGGUCCAGCACAGUAAAGAUAAUCCAUUGAAAGUAAUCGUAAGAAGAAACAACAAAGAUACACAUUUAAAUUUGACGCCGAAAACUUGGAGUGGCCGUGGAUUACUAGGGUGCAACAUUGUGCCCAUGAAAAGAUGAUGCUGAAAGGGAUAUGAUGUGAUCAUGUGAACCUUUUUAUCAACAGUCAAUAUUUAAAACCUGAAGAAAGUCUUAAACAUCCUGUACAGAUAUGAAAACAAAGAAACACCAAUCUGAUUAAAAUCAUCUGUUACAUGGCUCCGCCUGAGCAUCUGAAUGUGCCGCGGUCAGUGUCACGUUCAAGUGACCUUUAGAUGAACCAAUCAGAGGCGCGCUGCCAAAAGUUUGUCAGCGUAUCGGAAUAUCAUGGUUGAUAGAUAAAUAGCGAGGGGUAUCAAACAUAUUAGUUUUCCGAAACAAAUAUGGCGGCGG